AUGGACCCUUCUGUCAACGUCUCUAACCCGGCUCAAGACUCCGAUACGGCGGCCAAACUGAGGUUUGAAUCAUUCAAGAUGGGCGGCAGUGCCCCCGCUCACACCCUCAGCAAACUCUCUCACAGACGAUCUCAUUCUCGAAACAACUCUAUUUCUCUGUCUAUCUCCACGUCUGUUCCCUCUGUUCCAGCGUUCGACUUCUCUUCAAGUACCCAUGUACCAUCUAACGUGGCCCAAACCAAACGCGGCUCCCACCACAAGCGCCGCUCCUCAGUCUCUACGCGCCGCGAGUCGGCAGAGUUGAUGGGCGUUUCUGUUCCGGACCUUCCGUCAGCGCACUCGGAUGACAACAUCAAUUUGGGUGACAGGGACUCUAUCCGUCGUCGCGCCCUCCUUGCACUCGAGGGAAAGCCUGAUCUCGCGUUCUCCAAGGUGGAAAUCCCAGACAUAACUUCCCCGGACGCAACCAAGACUUUUGAUUUCCCUACGAAAUCUGCCUUCCCUCCAACUUCCGCCAUCAACAACCUUGGCGUUACUGGUCUCAUGGGAAAGCGCGACUCUGGUAAGAUGUUUGUGUCCUCGGUUGCAAAGGAUCAGCUCCACACCCUCAUUGAGGAAGAAGAAGAGGAAGAGGAGUUAGAGGAGCAAAACGACACGUUUCCAGAACAGCCAAAGGAGACAUCCCCACCUGUCCAUUCAGUAGAGCAUGCUAAACCCUCCCGUCCACGCCCUACCAGCCUCAAUCUGCGUCCGCUCUCCCUCGUCAGCGGCAUUGCGGUAGUUACUUCCGGUGGCUUGCCGACUCCCUCAACUACUCCCAGCCCUCGCGCCGGUUUGAGAGCUCUUACGUUAUCGUCUGAUAUUACGACAAGCGAGACCGAUUCCAUAGCUCACCCGUCGGCCGUUCCCCGUUCAUUCAGCAGGAGGCACUCUCUGACCAACACGUCUAGCGUCAUCAAGCGGCGUAGCAGCAUUUCCUACAAGCGUUCGGUGGACUCGACACCACGGGAUGUGGUAACAUUGCCGUCGCCUGAAAUGACCCCCACAUCUGACCGUCACUUUUCUAUUUCGAGUGACCAAUCUCUUGCCGUCGAGAAGCCUCUUACAGUAGCGGAGCAGCAUUUUUUAUUUAGGUCUCACAACGUGCUCUUGACCCGCAUCACCGAACUGGAGCGUACCCUCCGCAAAAGAUCGUCCUUGUACUCCCCUCGCCCUCUUUCAUAUUCCUCAGAGGUUUCUGUGGGCUCUUCUGAGCCUAGCGACGAGAUGCUUCAGUUAAUCUCUGACUUGAAGGCUGAACGCGACGAGCUCAAGCGGGACGUAGACGGUUGGCGAAAGCGCGUUUCUGACGCUGACGAACGGGCGGGCGUGCUCGCCAAACGCAUUGAAGUUGAGAGGCGGGAUGCCUGGGUUGCACGUUCCCGCCUUGGUCUGCUCGAGGUUGAAAAAACGCAACUUGAAAAGGCGAUAGAAGACAAAAUUGCCGCUCUCGAUCUCUCUUUGGUUGAAAAGACAGCGCUGACACGCGAACGGGACGAACUCGAGGAAGAAGUCAAUAAACUCAAAGAGCGCCUACAGGAUGCUGAUGCGACAGUUGACGAAUGUGCGCAACUUCGUGCUGCUCUCGAACAAGAACGCGAACGCAGGCAAGAGUUAGAACACCUUUUGGACGAUGCUGGCCUUUUCAACGCGCCUGCGGUCCCUCGUCUCACGAAUGGUUUUGGAAUAAAGUCAAUCAUGCCCUCACGAUUCGGCGGUUCCCGUGAAUUCGGCUUCCAAUCCAUCGAUUCCGAAAGUUCCACCGAGGUCGAGUCGCUAGAUGACAGCUUUAUGAAGGCGGGUUCGACCUUGGACGUGGUUGCUGAAGAGGAUCUCUCCGAAGAAGAGGUGGAUGCCCUGGCUGGAUACGAAGACGAAGACGACUCAGAUCUCAGUUUCCAGAGUCCGGGUGGUUCAUCCGCUGGCUCGGCAGAGGAAAUGGUACUCAAAUUCGAUGUCGCGAGCGGGGGUGAGGCUGCCAAACCUCUCAACAACCCCGCUCACGGUCGCCACGCAACGCUUUCUAAGACGUGGACUUUCCCAAGAGGCCAUGCCAUUGUUCUAUCGGAGCAAAAGGAAGAUGUAGACCACUUCUUUGGUUGUCUGGACGACGUUGACAUGUCUCCCCACCUUGGUUCGGAAGAGAGGACGAAGGGCUUAUUUGCAUCUGCCUUCUGUCCUGCGGAUGACGAGGAUGAAAUGCCACCGUUCGUUUUGCCUGCUGACAUUGGCGUCGUGGUUGAACCGCCAGCUCCGGUGAGGAGCCUUGAUACGGUGCAUGAGGAUGAUGAGGAAGAUACAGACGACGAGUUUGUAGGCGAGGAAGUCGAAGGUGGUAUUCGCUUCAUCUUCAACCCACCUCCUACUAUUUGCAUCACCCCACCACAAAUUUGUGUUUCGCCGCCUACCACAACCAUAGCUCCAGUUGAGUCGGAAUCUCACUCAGUGCCAAGAAAACUUGUGCCCGUUUACGAAGAGCAGGAACCACCAAUUUCCCAAUUCCCUCCAGUUGAUGUUCGGGCCCUACCCGAGGCACCUGCUACUCCAUCUCCUGUGCAGCCCAGCGCUAGUUGCGAUAGCCGGCCCUCUAGCAGAACUACAAUGUCGCCGUCUUCGAUCCCGCGUGCAACUGUGCUUCGUUCAUUCACUCAGUCACCAUCAGCGCCGCUCACACCGUCAAAGCCGCCGACAGGUCGUUCGACACUAGCUGACCUCCCUAGGUGUUCGUUCAUCACUCCUCCAUCCAAGAAAGGAGGCAAUGUUUCAACCUUCAUACCGCAACCCAAACCUUUGCCGUCAGCUGUCGCACAGUCUACGCCGACAAAACCAAGAGCAUCCGUAGUCCGUACUGCAAAAGAUCUCUCCCGAAAUCCAAACGGUUCGACUAAGCCUCAGCCUAGAUUAUCCAUGAGUACGCUUAACUCAUUUUCUUCCUCUUGCGUUUCACAGCCAACGAUGUCUGGCGGCGCCACGCCGGAGGUGACCAGUUACGAGCCCAGUGGUGGUGAUCGUUAUCAUCAGCAGCAAAUUCCUUCAGUAUCGCUACCUUCUAUCAUGCCCUCUCCGCUUUCGGCACGAUUUUCAUUGCAGAAAUUACAAAAGCUGUCAAAUUUUAUACCUUUUUCGUGGACGCCAGGUGCGACUGCGAUCGCGUCGUGCAUCAUGUCCAGUAGCGGCUCACCCAGCCAAAAUCCGGACGGUUUCGAGUCAGUUCCUUUGAUGUCCUGUGCUGAAGACCAUGCGCAAUGCACUACCGAGCGAGGAUUUGUCUGCAGGGACAAGCAGUUGGAGAAGUUGAAGAGCAGAUUAAGUCAGGAAACCUUUACCGGGACUGGUUCCUGUUUCAUGGUGAGCGCCUGCAAGGGUUGCAGGGCAACCGAGGUUUCCUUGUAAUCGUACGUGCUUUUUUUCUUGCCCUUGGUUGUUAAUUGUGCUCAGCUUGUCGCGUAUCUUAGCCUAUGCAGUGCUGCUCCUGAUCCCGGCCCAUAUGACUUAUGCUUCUAUAAACAUUUUCAACAUGUUUUCCAGCGACUUCACUUCCAUCG